AUGGAGAACCUGGAAGACAGAAUCAUGUGUAAGAAACACAACACACUUCUUGAGCUGUUCUGUAGAACUGACCAGACAUGUGUUUGUCAGUUCUGCAUUGAGACAGACCACAAGACUCACCACAUCGUCCAUCUAGAGGAAGAGUGUGGAGAGAGGAAGGCUCAGCUGGGAAAGACGGAGGCACAAGUACAGCAGAUGAUCCAGGAGCGAAUGCAAAAGGGUUGGGAGAUCAAACAUUCAGUAGAGCUCAGCAAGAGAGACGCAGAGAGAGAGAUAGCGGACAGCAUGCAGGUCUUCACUGAUCUGGUGCACUUCAUUGAGAGAAGCCAGGCUGAGCUCAUUGAGGUGGUUGAGGAGAAGCAGAAAGCAGCAGAGAAGCGGGCUGAAGGGUUCAUUAAAGAGCUGGAGCAGGAAAUCAAUGAGCUACUGAGGAGAAGCACUGAGCUGAAGCAGCUCUCACAUACUGAGGACCACCUUCACCUCCUCCAGAGCUCCCCAUCCCUAUGUACCCCUCCAAAUGCCAAGAACUGGUCUGAUAUCAGUAUUCACACUGAGCUGGUGAAUGUGAGGAGAGUUUUGAGGAACUCUGUGUCAGAGCUGGAGGAGAAGACGAGGAAAGCAUUUUCUGAGCUUAUGGAAAAAUGCAAUAAAGCAAUGGAGAAGUUUCCUGACAAUCUGAAGUUUCCUGACAAGCUGAAGAUUCCUGACAAUCUGAAGAGUAUGAAGCAGUAUGCAGUGGAUGUGACUCUGGACCCUGAUACAGCAAAUCCCUUUCUUGGCCUGUCUGCGGACAGGAAACAAGUGAGUGUUGGACAGACAUGGAACGUUCGCCCUGAAAACCCAAAGAGGUUUGUUAGUCGCUGUAUUCUGGGAAAGGAGGGCUUCUCCUCAGGGAGAUUUUACUAUGAGGUGCAGAUGGAGGGGAGGAUUUGCUGGGAGUUAGGAGUGGCCAGAGAGUCCAUCAAUAGGUCCAUCGAGAGGCAAUACUUAGGGAGUAGAUUAGAUUUAGGGCUUCCACUGACCCCUGAGGGUGGAUUCUGGACAGUGGGACAGAAGAAUAUGUUUAUGGAUACUAUCUCUAUUACCCAUGCGGCCAACACCUCUCCUUCUGUAACCCUCACCUUGAAAAAGCCCCAGAAGAUGGGGGUGUUUGUGGAUUAUGAGGAGGGUCAGGUGUCCUUCUAUAAUGUGGAGACCAGGGCUCAUAUCUUCUCUUUCACUGGCUGCAACUUCACUGAGAAACUCUAUCCAUUCUUUGACUGCGGGAUUCAUGACGAUAACAGUCAAGCAUUGAUCAUCUCCGCUGUCAGUCAUACAGACUGA